AUGUUUUUCAAGCGCCUGUCGCGAUCUCGCAGCAAUUCGCAGAGCUACAUUGACACCAACUACUCGCCGCACGACAGCAAGACGCAAUACGACGACGACUACGACAAUCGCCCCGACUCGGCGCGCGGUCCUCCCACAAAGUCGGCUUCGCUGAACGAGGGCUCCAUGUUUGCCCAGCAGCAACAACAGCAGCAUCAAUCCAUGGACAACUUCAAUGCUCCUCCCAUGUCGAGACAAGGUCCUCAGACCAUAUCCAAUGGCUUUGGAGCACAAAAGCCGGCGUCCGUGUCUGCGCCCAUCCAGCCAGAGCCCAUGCCCGAUCUCUUGACGCGUGCCUUUAACGAAGCCGUGCGUCCCUACACCAACCGUGUUGAAGAGCUCGAGAACGAAGUCGCCGACCUCAAAGCUUGGGUUGAGCAGCUCGAAGGCCAGAGAAGAGAAGUUCACGCCUGGAUCGACAAGCGAGGCUUAAGACCUGACGUACCCNCCAGCAUCGCCCAACAAAUGGACGCAUCCAACNCCCACAACCCCACCGCCGCAGCCUCAACCCUAAACGCCCAGCUCGACCGCAAAAUCACCAUCGUAAACUUUGAUCUGCACCGCCUGCAAGACGACCUCAACGACUCCUUGCCCACCCCCUCCUUCAGCGCCUGCAUGCUCAAAUUCCUGCCCGACAUCAGUCGCCUGGCCGCCCUCCCUUCAGGUCCCAAAUACGCUUUUGAUCUGCUGCUCAAGCUCGGCGGCAACCUAAACUCACACGGCGGGCUUGAGAACGGGGAUGAGGAAGACUUGCGCGAGCGCAGGAGUUUCUAUGCCAGGCUUGAUGAGGCCAUGGUGGAGAUUGUGCGUGGCAGAUUCAGAGAGGAAGGUGAAGGUUGGGGUGUCGCGAGAGAGAUCAAGAGGAUUGAAAAGACGGGCGCAUAUCUCCGUAACUGGGGUGUUGAGCCCUACUUCCCUCAGACGCUGGAUGUGAUGAGGGAAGGUUCUGGCGCUGCCGGCGCUGGUGUUUACCACGGCGGUGGUACGCCUCCUGCUUACCAAUGA